AUGGGGACACAGUCAGGACAGGAUGAGAGUGAGGACCCAGAACCCAAACCAAAAGCCACAAAAACUAAAAAGAAGAAGCAGAACACGGCCAACAUGUUCCAGGCUGGAGGAGCUGCGAGCAAGGAGAAAAAGACCAAGAAAAAAGAAUCCGAAGAUGACGAGAAUAAAACCGCACAAAGGAACAGCAACAGAAAGGGAAAGUGUGCAAAGAAAAAAUCAACCAGUGACAGUAUGACCACCAGGGCAGAAUCUCCCAUCCUGGAAAUCGAUGACCUGGAGAAGUUUGUGUUGCAGCCCGCAGCCCAGGGCACCACCAUCAAAUGCAAAGUCACCAGGGACAAGAAAGGCAUGGACAGAGGUCUGUACCCCACCUACUACCUGCACUUGGACGCCAACGAGAACAAAAAGGUUUUCCUGCUCGCUGGAAGAAAGAGGAAAAAGUGCAAAACUUCCAAUUACCUCAUUUCAAUCGAUCCAACGGACCUGUCCAGAGGGGGGGAGAACUUCAUCGGAAAACUCAGGUCAAACCUGAUGGGGACCAAGUUUACGGUGUUCGACAACGGACUCAAUCCUGAGCGGGGAAGGGCCGAUCGUUCCAACAGUCGGCAGGAGCUCUCCGCCAUCACCUACGAGACCAACGUGCUUGGAUUCCGAGGCCCCAGGAGGAUGACGGUGAUCAUCCCAGCGAUGGACGAGAAGCAGGAACGCAUCCCCUUCCGUCCGCGCAAUGACAAAGACGGGCUGCUCGUCAGAUGGCAAAACAACAACACGGAGAACUUAAUUGAAUUGCACAACAAGACGCCGGUGUGGAAUGAUGAGACGCAGUCGUACGUACUGAACUUCCACGGGAGAGUGACUCACGCCUCAGUGAAGAACUUCCAGAUCGUCCACGAGAAUGACGCUGACUACAUCGUAAUGCAGUUUGGACGUGUGGCCGAUGAUGCUUUCACCAUGGACUACAACUACCCCAUGUGCGCUGUCCAGGCAUUUGCCAUCGCCCUCUCCAGCUUCGAUGGGAAACUAGCGUGUGAAUGAUCAACAACAUCCCACGGCGGAGCUUGACACUGAAGUGCGCUUUUACUUAAUCUCCGAGGCUAGCGUUAGAUUAAUGUAUGUGGUAAGCAUUUUAUCAUAACCUUGUGCAGGUUUUCUUGAGGUUGCACCCUGAGGGCUGUAGGGCAGUCAGAGAUCGGUAGAAAUGCUCCACCCUUUGAAAUCACCGUCUGGCUGGGGGGAGGGGUGGGGGGGGGGGGGGGCACCAUGUCCAAAAUGGAGAGGGUGAAUUCGAGACGGAGGAAGGAGUCUUCAAAACGGAGGAGGGGGUCUUCAAAAUGUAGGAAGGGACCUGCAAAAUGGAGGAAGGGGGUCUUCAAAAUGGUGGAAGGGGUCAUAAAAAUGGAUGAGGGAAUCUUCAAAAUGGAGGAAGGGGACAUUCAAAAUGGAGGAGGGAACCUUCAAAAUGGGGGGGACGAGGUCUUCAAAAUGGAGGAAGGAACCUUCAAAAUGGAGCAAAUGGUUAUCAAAAUGGAGGGAAACUAAAUAUGGAGGAAGGGACCAUGAAAAUAGCAAACACAAGUGGUUCUCACUCUAAUCGCACUGAGAUUAGAAAUGGGAAAGUCAUUUGUAGUCGAUCGUACCAUGUUUUAAUGUCUAUUUUCUA